UCACAACUCACACCCUUCUUUUCUCUCUACCUAGCUCUAAAUAUUAUUACCUCUUUUGAGCUUUUGAUUCUCUCGUCUCUCAUUCUUCAUAGUUUUCCUUCCUGGUUUAGAAAUUUUCUCUUUUGAUUUGAUCCAAAUCAUCAUGGCCGUUGAUUCAGUAACACCUUCUCCUUUGGGACCACCUGCAUGUGAGAAAGACUCUAAGGCGCUUCAGUUCAUCGAGGACAUGACUCGCAACACUGACGCCGUCCAAGAAAGGGUUCUCAGCGAGAUACUGAGUCGUAACUCGGACACUGAGUACCUCAAACGAUUUGAGCUCGAAGGAGCCACCGACCGUGACUCGUUCAAGUCAAAGGUCCCGGUCGUGACCUAUGAGGAUAUUCAGCCUGAGAUCCAACGUAUCGCUAAUGGAGAUCGCUCUCCCAUAUUUUCCUCUCAUCCCGUUUCUGAGUUCCUCACUAGUUCUGGAACUUCUGCUGGAGAAAGGAAAUUGAUGCCUACAAUUCAUGAAGAGUUGGACCGUCGCCAGCUUUUGUACAGUCUUCUGAUGCCUGUAAUGAACCUUUACGUGCCGGGUUUGGACAAAGGGAAAGGUCUCUACUUCUUAUUCAUUAAGGCUGAAACGAAGACCCCAAGUGGUCUUGUGGCGCGACCAGUGCUGACCAGCUACUACAAGAGCGAACACUUCAAGACCCGUCCGUACGACCCGUACAACGUCUACACCAGCCCCAACGAGACGAUCCUUUGUCCCGACUCAUUCCAAAGCAUGUACUCUCAGAUGCUUUGUGGCCUCAUCAUGCGCCAUGAGGUCCUCCGUGUCGGAGCGGUCUUCGCCUCGGGCCUCCUGCGUGCCAUCCGGUUCCUCCAGCUCAACUGGAGAGAACUCGCACAUGACAUCUCGACUGGAACCCUAAACCCCAGAAUCAUCGACCCAGCUAUCAAGGAAAAGCUCAUGUCGGAUAUCCUUAAACCUGACCAGGAACUCGCAGACUUCAUCACCUCACAAUGCUCGGGGGAGAACUGGGAAAGGAUCAUCACCCGUAUUUGGCCUAACACCAUCUUCCUCGAUGUCAUCGUGACUGGUGCAAUGGCUCAGUACAUCCCGACCCUUGAUUACUACAGCGGCGGGCUUCCCAAGGCUUGCACCAUGUACGCUUCUUCAGAGUGUUACUUCGGUCUUAACCUUAAACCAAUGUGUGAUCCCUCCGAGGUUUCUUACACCAUCAUGCCCAACAUGGCCUACUUCGAGUUCAUGCCCCAUGACCCGGAGGCGCAGCCUUUGAGCCGCCAGGCGCCACCGCGUCUCGUGGACUUGGCCGAUCUCGAGCUUGGGAAGGAAUAUGAGCUCUUCAUCACCACGUACGCCGGGUUAUGCCGGUACCGAGUCGGUGACAUACUAGAAGUCACCGGAUUCCAUAACUCGGCGCCACAGUUUCGGUUUGUUAGGAGGAAGAACGUUCUUUUGAGUAUCGACGCGGAUAAGACCGACGAGUCGGAGCUCCAGAAAGCGAUCGAGAACGCCUCCGUUCUUCUCCGGGAGUUCAACACGAGCGUGGUUGAGUACACGAGUUUUGCAGAUACCAAAACGAUUCCCGGCCAUUACGUGAUAUAUUGGGAGCUUUUGGUGAAGGACUCAGCCAACUCGCCGAGUCACGAAGUGCUGAAUCAGUGCUGUUUGGCUAUGGAGGAGUCGCUCAACACGGUUUACAGACAAGGAAGAGUUGCCGAUAACUCGAUCGGACCGCUGGAGAUAAGAGUCGUUAAGAAUGGGACCUUUGAGGAGCUGAUGGAUUAUGCAAUAUCUAGAGGCGCGUCCAUCAAUCAGUAUAAGGUUCCAAGGUGCGUAAGUUUCACACCCAUAAUGGAGCUUCUCGAUUCCAGGGUGGUUUCGGUGCACUUCAGCCCAGCUGCACCGUAUUGGAACCCGGAACGACGUCGUUAAGUUCUUACUGCCCUACUUCUACGGCCAUAUCCUGGUUUGAUGAAGUGGCAUACGUACGAUGAAUAAGAGUUACAGUGGCACGAGCUUAGGCUAAAUAAGCUACGUUACCGAUCCAUCUAUCUUCUCCCAAAAAAAAAACAGCUUGUCUAUGUGACUAUAUUAUUCCAUUAUAACUCUAGCUAGCUAUUAUUGUUGAUUUAGAUAUUGAAGUUUCAUGUAGUUUUUUUUUUCAUUUUGAAAUUUGGGUUGUGUGUGUCUGUGAAAUAAGUUUCAAAUUAAUAUCAUAUAAGUGGCGGUUUAUGUAUUGUAAUUGUCAGUACUGUUAUUAUAUGUAUGUAAAAUGUCCAAGGAACCCCUCAAACUUCUUCUCC